AUGGCUGAAGAGUCGGAGGAUCAAGGCGACAAGAAUGUCCCAAUAGACGAAGAAUCCAGUCGCGAUGAUACGGAUAUUGUGGACGACGAAGAUGAGACUGUUGACAGCGAUGAUGCCGAGGCAGACGAGGACGACGACGAGGAGGACGACGAGGGCGAAGAAGAGGAGCCGAAGCUCAAAUAUGCGCGCUUAACAAGCAAUCUGGUACCUGUGUAUAGAAAUGGAGAUGCUACAAGCUCUUUUCUGGUCGCGGGCGACAAGAUGUUCAUUGGAACGCAUAAUGGAAAUAUUUCCCUUCGAGUUUACCACGCCCAUUCCGCCUCUGUAACCAGCAUUUCGAUAUCCCCAUUUCCCCCGCCUUUGCCCAGUGCAGCUCCGGAAGCUGUUAAUAGAGUUGUAUCGCAAGCCCAAACUCCCCAGAAAUCGCCUUCUAUAGCUUCCCAAGCUUCUACAUCCAGUCCACGGGCACCGAAAGGGCCUCUCGUUCCAAACGUCCCCUCGAACGCCAUAUAUAUAGCUACUUCUUCAAUCGACGGGAAGGUUUGUGUAGCUUCGUUGGUGGAUAGUAGGGACAAUCAAUUACGAGAUUUUGCUCGACCAAUGCAAGCUGUUGGGCUUUCGCCAGAUUACAAGAAUGACCGAACAUACAUAUCAGGAGGGCUGGCUGGGAAUCUGGUUCUCACAGUGGGCGGCCGAGCUGGGAGCUCCACAUCAACAACUACUGGUUCUGCAUCGGCCACGGCGUCUGGCUGGCUAGGUACCAUUGGUCUUGGUUCCAAUGGGGGCAAAGAUACUGUGCUACACUCGGGGGAAGGGACCAUCAGUACAAUAAAAUGGUCAUUGACAGGCAAAUAUGUAGUCUGGGUUAACGAGCAUGGUGUCAAGAUUAUGCGGUCGAACCUUCAUCUGGACAGUGCAGACGCCGAUUCAGCAUGGAAACGAAUCGGUCACGUGGAUAGACCCCAAGAUGAUGGAUGGGAAGAGAUGGCAGGCGUCUGGAAGGGGAGAGUCGAGUGGAUUGAUGAGAAGAGCAUUGAAUCGGACGAAGACGAUAAAGUACGCGAAGCCGCCACGUCCUCUGCAGCGACAGCAAAAUUGAAACAGCAAGCUUCCAAGGACAGCAAUCGAAUCGAGAAACUUCUUGUUGGAUGGGGAGGUACAAUCUGGAUCAUCAAUGUUCACCCUGGUGGCGUUGGCGUUGGUAAAAAUGCCGGAGAACGGACUGUGGGAAGAGCCGAGAUCAUUAAAAUUCCCACGGAAGAGGACAAGGAUGGAGAAAGAACCCCGAGCAAAGGGCACAAAUCCAAAGGCUCUACAACCUCGACGGGAAGUGAUCCACGAGGUGGUAUUCGACACCGCCAAAAUGCAUUAUCACCUGAGCUUCGGCUUAUCGACCUUGGGUCCUCACAAGAGGUCGACACGGAUACACUUACAGUCAGUCGAUUUGAAAGGCUGUCGGCGACGGAUUAUCAUCUGGGUAUCCUGCCUGCUCCACGGAACCUUCCCGUAGCCCAAACAUAUCGUGGAACAUUGGAGGCCCUGAGCGGUAUGGGAAGUGGAAUGUGGAACGCUACCGUUAAUGCGACUGCUCUACUAAGCUCAGCGGCGAGUGUGAGGAGUAACGGCUCGGAUCCCAAGGCUUCAAGUGUCGGAAGCAGUGCGACAAAAGUCCUACCAGCGAACCGUAUGAGCAGCGUCCACCCCCAACUCUCAGUGCCGGGAAUGAAGAUAUUCAUCCACAGUCCAUACGACUGUAUAUUAGCUUCCAAAAGAGAUCUCUCAGAUCACCUCUCUUGGCUCCUGGAGCACGAAAAGAACCAAGAAGCUUGGGAGCUAAUCGAUGAACACCCGGAAGUCAUCACUACAUCCGCAGAAAGACUCAUGGAAAUUGGUCCAGGCACUCCAGAACCAAGUCAAGCAAGCGGCGACGACUGGAACGAUGAUGCAUCCUCAACAGUAGAUUCUGCGAGUCGUUUGAUUUAUUCUGCUGUAGAGAAAGAGAAGCGUCGAAUUGGUGAACUUUGGAUACGUCAACUCAUCGAUGCGGGUGACUGGGCCACCGCAGGCAAGAUCUGCGGAAAGGUGUUGGGAACUGCUGCCCAAUGGGAAGAAUGGGUCUAUGCUUUUGUGGGAGCUAAGAAGUUCGACGAGAUCACGGACUACAUACCAACGACACAGCUGAAACCUCCUCUGCCUUCACAAAUUUACGAAGUCCUUCUUGGUCAUUAUGUUGCCAACAACAGACCUAGGGUGCGAGAGCUACUUGAACAAUGGCCACCGGAGCUCUUCGACAUCAAGAGUGUUACCACGGUCUUAGAGAACCAGCUCAAAUAUCGAGAUGUCCGCGAAGAUAGUGUGGAAGAUGGAGUAGUGGGCCGCGAUUGGCGAAUCGUGAUGGAAAGCUUGGGCAAGCUUCAUCUUGCUAAUGGGCAUACACGAGAAGCACUAAAAUGUUAUAUUCAACUUCAAGAUGCAGAUGCCGCUAUGGCCCUCAUCAAAGACCAGCAUCUGGUCGACGCUGUUGCGGAUGACAUUCCUGGUCUAAUUUUGCUCCGGGUCUCGAAAGAGCAAAAACGGACAGCUUCUAUUGCGGAGCUUCGAGCUCUUACUUCCGAGCCGAUCAAUUUGCUUGUUGACGAAGCACAACACGGGCUCGUUGGUCCUGAGGUCGUAGUUAAGCAAUUACAGGAGAAGAAUAUGAUACUUUACCUUUUCUUCUAUGUCAGCGCUCUGUGGAGGGGAGAUGGAAUCGAAGAAAGCCAGGGAGAGAAUAGGGACAGGUUACUAUCCGAAAGCAGAGCCCUCGUUAACGAACUAGCGGAUCUAGCUGUGCAUCUGUUCGCUCUGUAUGAUCGUGAACUUCUCAUGGAUUUCCUCAAGUCCUCUACCUACUAUACCUUUGAAAAGGCAACCCAAGAAUGCGAAGAGCGGGAUUACAUCCCCGAACUCGUCUACCUAUACUCUAAAACCGGCCAAACCAAACGCGCUCUCUACCUAAUCAUCGACCGCCUCGCGGACGUUUCGCAAGCCAUCUCCUUUGCCAAAUCUCAAGAUGAUACUGAUCUCUGGGAAGAUCUCUUGAACUACUCCAUGGACAAACCCCGCUUCAUCCGCGGUCUCCUCGAGGAGGUCGGCACAGCCAUCAACCCGAUUACUCUUGUCCGGCGCAUUCCCGAAGGAUUGGAGAUUGAGGGUUUGAGGGAGGGGCUGAGUAGGAUGAUCAAGGAGUAUGAGUUACAGCAUAGUAUUAGUGAAGGUGUAGCGCGGGUAUUGAAGGGCGAAGUGGGCAUGGCGCAGAACACCCUGCGUUCCGGACAACGCAAAGGGGUGAAAUUCGACGUCGUUCACAAGUCGGUGGAUCACGUCGACGUAACAGCCUCGGACGCUCCACCCGCUCCUUCGGCGCAGAAACACCAGCCUGGUCACUGCGUCGGCUGCCAUGAAUCGUUUUCCGAACACGAGACUGAGACCCUGGUCGGCUUUGCUUGCGGACAUGUGUUUCAUCUGAACCAUUUGCUGAAUUACAAUAAAGAUGACGAGAGGCCACAAACACCGCCGGAUGUAGAGUUGGAUGAGAAUGGGCAAUGGGCGGCGACGCAUAGUGUUGCGGCAAAGGUGAUGCAUGCCAGGCUGCUGAGGGAUAAGAUUCGGGACGGGUGUCCGGUUUGUGGGGGUAUCACUACAAGCUAG